AUGGCUGCCACAGAAAAACCGUCUGUUCUCAUCAUCGGCGGUCUCGGUUAUAUCGGACGAUUCUUGGCUCGAUACAUACACGAGAACGAACUCGCAUCCGAAAUCCGCCUAGUCGACAAAGUAUUGCCGCAACUCGCAUGGCUGCCACCCGAGUUUGAAACAGCGUGCUCCUCAGACAAAUUCAUCCAAGCCGACGCAAGUAAAGAACAGGCUUUGGCGCGAAUAUUCGAUCGGACGGACGGUAAGCAAUGGGACUACGUAUUUAACUGCGGCGGCGAGACGAGAUACUCCCAGGAGGAUGAGGUGUACAAAGUGCGAUCUUUAGGCUUGUCGUUAGCAGUUGGCAGAGAGGCAGCGAAACGGAAGGUCAAGUGCUUUGUGGAAUUGAGCACAGGUAUGGUGUAUAAGCCAAACUCAGCGCCAAGCAAAGAAGGCGACAAACUCAAGCCAUGGAGUAAGAUCGCCGUAUUCAAACUUCAGGCCGAGGAGGAAUUAGCCAAAAUUGACGGCUUAAAUCUCGUUAUCGUGCGCCUACCGCACGUCUAUGGCCCCUAUGCAUCACAGUGGGUAGCCACGGCAUUAUGCAUGGCGCGCGUUUACCAAGCCCUCGGUGAGGAAAUGAAAUGGUUGUGGACCAAAGAUUUACGCACGAACACAGCCCACAUCCACGAUGUGACACGGGCCUUGUGGGCUGCCGCCGCUUGGUACGACGCAGGUAAAGCCAAUUGGGACGAGAAGAGUAUGGGCCAGGUACCGAUAUUCAACGUUGUCGACAAGGGCACAACAAAUCAAGGCGUUGUCGCGGAUAUCAUUGGUGAGGUGUUCGGUAUUGAAACGGGAUUCCAAGGUCAGCUUCUAAGCAACCUUGCUCGUCUCAAUAUGGACAGUGUCGUAGAUGAUGUCAAUGACGAUGUUCUUGGUCCCUGGGCAGACCUUCUCGCCGAUGCCGGAAUAACGAGACCGGGCCCGCUGACUCCUUUUAUGGAGAAGGAGUUGCUGAAGGAUACGGACCUCAGCAUGGAUGGUAGCCGGCUCGAGACGGUGGUCGGAUUUCAGUACGAAAAGCCGAACAUCACUAAGGAGUUGGUUGAGGAGGUGAUUGAAAGUUACAAGAGGAUGAAGUGGUGGCCUUGA